CGCGCUGUGUCCGCGGCGGACAUUCACGAAGCCUUUACGUAUCAAUCAAUGCGUAGACGCAAUAGACGUGAACGCAGCGCUGGUGAGCGCUAGGCAAACACACGCAGGUGGGAAGGGGAAGCGAAUUGUUGACAGGUGGACGGAAAUAUUUUCCCGAUAACCCAGAGGAGAUAUGGAUUUAAAUAAAACGGUGCUGUGCGAGAGCCUGAUUAUUUGGCUGCAAACCUUCAAAACUGCAGCCCCCUGUAAAACAGUGGAGGAUCUGACCUCAGGGGCAGCCAUGUCUCAGGCUCUGCAUCAGAUAGAUCCUUCAUGGUUCAAUGAGAGCUGGCUGGCCCGCAUUAAAGAGGAUGUUGGAGAUAAUGUGAGACUCAAGAUGAACAAUCUCAAAAAGAUCCUGCAGAUGAUUGUCGAUUAUUAUAAUGAGAAACAACAAAGUGCAGAUGUGCAUACGAAUGUUUUGGCUCAGCAGAUCACAGAUUUCCCUCUGCCUGAUCUGAUGCGUGUGGUAGAGCAGUCUGAUCAGGUAGAGCUGGGACGCCUCCUACAGCUCAUCCUGGGGUGUGCAAUCAAAUGUGACAGGAAACAAGAGUAUGUCCAGAUUAUCAUGACUUUGGAGGAAUCUGUACAGCAUGUGGUGAUGACUGCUAUUCAGGAGCUUAUGAACAGGGAGACUAUGUCACAGUUAGGAACAGAACAUCCUGGAGAUGUUGAACAACAGUUAAAGAAAGCCUUGGGGGAUCUGACUGAAGUCAUGGCAGAGAAAGAAGAGUUGGCACAGCGCUGUCAGGAGCUCGACAUGCAGGUGACAAUGCUACAGGAGGAAAGGAACAGCCUCCUGGCAGAAAAUGACCUCUUGACUGAUCGAGCCAGUCAGCUUGAUACUUUUGAUGACCCCAGUACUCCAUCAGGGAGGAAGCACAGCCAGCUACAACUACAGCUAGAGCAGCUUCAGGAGGAGAACUUCAGGCUUGAGGCAGCUAAAGAUGAUUACCGCAUCCACUGUGAAGAGCUGGAGAAACAACUAGUGGAGCUUCAGCAUCGUAACGAUGAACUGACCAGCCUGGCAGAGGAGUCGCGGUCGCUUAAAGAUGAAUUAGACAUAUUAAGGAGCUGCUCUGACAGGGCAGUCAAGCUAGAGGCCUCUGUUGAGACGUACAGGAAGAAGUUAGAAGAUCUAAGUGACCUCAGACGGCAAGUGAAAGUUCUGGAGGAGAAGAACAUGACCUACAUGCACAACACAGUCAGCCUUGAAGAGGAGCUACGCAAAGCUAACGCUGCAAGAGCUCAGUUAGAGACUUACAAGAGACAGGGUCAGGAGCUCCACAGGAAACUCUCUGAUGAGUCCCGUAGGGCUGAUAACCUCGUUUUCGAGAUGAAGAAAUUUCAGGAGAAAUAUGAUACUUUACUAAAGGAGAAAGAGAGGAUCAGCAUUGAGCGGGACACUCUCCGAGAGACUAAUGAGGAGCUGCGAUGCACUCAGGCCCAACAGGCCCAGCUUUUACAAGCAGGCAAGUAUCAAACAGGAAGUCCAAGCCAUGACAACCUAGCAGCUGAGAUGUUGCCCAUUGAGUACAGGGAGAAGUUCAUUCGUCUGCAGCAUGAGAACAAGAUGUUGCAGCUGCAGCAUGAGGAGUCCGAGAACGAGCGCGUGACUGAGCUGCAGAUGCUGCUGGAGGAGGCCCGGCGCGGACGCAGCCAGCUGGACACUGAGAACAGGUUAAACAGAGAAAGAAUCAGUGAACUCCAGCAGCAGGUAGAGGAUCUACAGAAGGCCUUGCAGACACAAGGAGCCAAACCUGAAGAUUCUCAUCUGAAAAGGAAGCUGGAUGCUCAUAUGGUGCAACUGAAUGAAGCACAAGAUGAAAUCAUGAAGAAGAAAGAGCUGUUGGAGGACCUCCAGCCAGAUGCCACUCAAACCAGUGUGAAGAUGGAUGAGCUGGUUGCAGCACUGAAGAAGAAAGAUGAGGACAUGAGGGCGAUGGAGGAUCGAUACAAGAUGUACCUGGAGAAAGCCCGUGAUGUGAUUCGAGCUCUGGAUCCCAAGCUAAAUCCAGCCUCAGCCGAGAUUCAGUCACUGAAAGCGCAGCUCUCUGAGAAAGAGAAGAAGAUCAUUGCUCUGGAGCGGGAGUGUGAGCAGGCCAAACUGAAGGAAUAUGAGGAGAAGUUAAUUGUGACAGCUUGGUAUAAUAAGAGUUUGAACUUCCAGAAGAUGGCGAUCGAGUCACGGCUUAGCGGGCGAUCCAGUUCUCUAGUGCCGCCCGGCCAGUCUUUCCUGGCUCAGCAGCGUCAGGUGACCAACGCCCGGCGCACCAUGUCCAUCAACGUGCCUGCCGCUUCUUCCAAGUAACCUUGUCCCGAGUAUCUCCCCAAUUUCCUGCUCUUCUCCUUCUUUCCCUCACAUGAACACUCAAGUGACCUUAAGUACACUUCAAACAAGGGGACAAGCAUGCCAUGAUGAACAUUAGCGUCUCCCCGUCUGAUCACUCUCUACAGUUACACAUGUAUAAUAAUGUACAAGGGAUUGAACUCUGUUGAAAGUUACUCAAUCAGCACACAAUUAUGUACAGUAGCAGUCUUUUUCACUUUCAGUACUAAACACACACCUGUGACAGUCUGCAGCAGGGUCACUUCUAAACCAGCAUCCAUUCUAAAGGUCACACAGGUCAGUCCUUUGUCAGGCUCACUCAGAUUGUGUGGAAAGAAAUGCAUUUAAUGUGUCCUGUAAGGAUAGCAUGCAUGCUUUUGCUAGAAAUGACUUCCAACGAUACACUAUGCAGCCGUGGAAUAUAUUUGUAAUCGUGCAGGCAUGUUAUAUAAAACAUUGACAAGUAUAUGCAGACACAUUUUACCCUAGCCAAUCAAAAUCCGUCGAUCAGGAUGAUGAGGUAUUUGGUGCUGGACACCAAAGUUCUUAGUUUGUUCCUAUUAUAGUGACUUUCUCAAACAACAACAUGCAUUUAAACUACAUUAAUGUAUAUAUUUGAAGUAGAUCAAAACAGUUCAUCAAGGUUGUCCUAAGACAAGGACGCAUUUUGGUUUUAGGACAACUUGAUGAAAGGUUUUGACCCACUUCAAAUGUUGACUAGUGUACAUUAAAAAGACAUGCAUAUAAUCACUCUUAAUCUGAAUCCAGGUGCUUCAUUCUGUCAGUUAUGGUAUUUUAUAUUCAGUUGACUGUGAUGGGACUCUUGCAUGCUCUUUAAACAAGCAGAAGGGCCUUUUUUAUCCACUUAAUGUUUUCUGUCUGUGUGAAUACCUCAAGUAUCAGGAUUUAAACACCAGCACAGAAUUAUAACAGGCCAUCGUAAACUGCUGUGAUGGCUUUGAAUGUGUUGUACGCCAAUCUUUAAAUAUACAUGCGUGACUUGUAAAAUAUAGCUGCAUUUUGAAAUGGCUUUUGCUGUAUUGUGAAAAUCUGCUCCUGCUUAGAUUGACCCGAAUGAGCUUUCUGCUAAUAGACGAGCUGUUGCGUUUCGAAUAAAAUACACUCUGUUUAUGUUGGGAGAUACAGUACUAUUAAUUCAGUUUUAAGUGGUAAGGUUAAUCAUUGCUGUUCUGAUUUGUCUUUUCUGGUGUUUUAUUCAACGAGGCUUUUUGGCCUGUGAGGGGUAAAUGUUAAGGUUUUUUUUUUACUGCUAAUGUUUCUGUAUGAUGUGUCCCAAGGAAGAACUCUUAAAUUAGUGUACUCUAUUUUAUGAGCACUGUCAUUGUUUGUGAGAGAUGAUAAAUAAUAAGAUUGGAUUCAAAUGAUAUUAGAAUAAUAUUUGGAGUUAAAGAGCACUUGAAAACUUCAGUUACAUGUGAUGAAUAAACAGUUUGUUUUGCA